UAUCUUGUACUAAUCCUUUUAUUAGGGUAAUAUAAUCCAACAAAUUUGCUGUCUUCGCCGUUCACUUCGUUGAGCUGAAAAUCACACAAAACAUAUAAAUCCUUAAUUUAAUUCCGCCCACCCCCCUUUUUUUAAUCAAAUCAUCACUUAUUUCUUAUCUCUACAACUCUAUUGUAGAAGAGUGCUUAUGGCUGAAAAUCGAGGAUCAAUGUUGCCGUCGGAAUUACGGAAGCUUAUAUCCGAAGGGCAUAUGGGUCCUAAGAUAAAACUCGAUUCUGAUCCUCCCCCGAAAGUGAAGGCUUUCAUUGACAAGGUGAUUGAGUAUCCAUUGGAAGAUUUAGCAAUCCCUCUUUCAGAGUUCCACUGGGAGUACAACAAGGGUAACUUUUAUCAUUGGAGGCCUCUGUUCCUUCAUUUUAAAACAUAUUUCAAGACAUACUUGUCUAGCAGGAAGGAUCUCCUUCUGGAAGAUACUCUAGAAGAUGAUACUCCUUUUCCUAAGCAAUCUGUUCUCCAGAUCCUCCGCGUGAUGCAAGUGAUCUUAGAGAAUUGCCACAACAAAAGUUCUUUUGAUGGUCUAGAGUAUUUCAAGCUCUUGCUUGCAUCAACAGACCCUGAGGUUCUGAUUGCAACCUUGGAGACCCUUUCAGCACUCGUGAAAAUAAAUCCUUCAAAACUUCAUGCAAGCGGGAAACAGGUUGGAUGCGGGUCGUCGAUAAACGACUGCCUAUUGUCAUUAGCUAAACUAUUGGGAGCCAAGAAAGAUGGUCUGAGCUUAUACUCAUAUAUCAUGAUGGACGAAGAACCACAAAUUAAGCUCCCCUCUGAUAUACAAACGGUUCAAAACCUUGCACGUGCUUCCCUGUCUCUCACGCGGGACCGUGCAAACCUUCAAAGCAUGAAUGUUCUACACACUGUGGAACUUGAUCUAACCAAGGUGGAUGAUUUGUCAUGGACGAAGUUACUUAUUAAGCAGUCGAAUGUUCCUCCUGAGGGUCGUUUUUCGUUGUUGACAAGAGUUAGAUAUGCUAAUGCGUUUUGUUCUUUAAAAAGACGCAGACAGUACAGCAAAGUUUGUCUACUUGCGUUUAUGGUUCUUGUUCAAGCAAGUGAUUCUCAUGAUGAACUGGUGUCUUUUUUUGAUAGCGAGCCAGAAUAUACAAACCAGUUAAUCAAACUAGUUAAAUCUAAAAAGGCAGUACCUGGAAAAAUUCGUACGCUUGCAAUGCAUGCUCUUGGAUCUCAACUUGCUGCAUACUCAUCAUCUGAUCAGAGGGCACAAUUUCUAAGUGGGUCAAGAAUCAGUUUUGCCGAUGAAAAUCACAUGAUUUUUUUUGAAGUCCUGCAAGAGGAAAUCUCGUCUUUAAACAAGGAUGAUUCCGAUCGAUCUGUUGCAUUUGUUGAAGCCCUUCUUCAGUUUUAUUUGCUUUACGUGAUAUCUGCGUCAAUAACUGAGAGGGUUAUACAGGGAUCAAGGAUGAUUCCGACCUUGUUAUCCUUUCUAAGAAAUUCAGAUCCUUCACACAUGCAUCUUGUAUGUUUGGCUGUGAAGACACUGCAAAAACUCAUGGACUACAGCUAUUCAGAUGUCACUCUUUUUAAUGACUUGAGAGGAGUUGACCUUUUGACCGACAGACUGCUGAUAGAAGUCGUUCAGGUGAUUGAUUCCUCCGAUGAAAACCUUAACAUUGAUUCACAGAAACGUCUCAUUAGGGUUCUGUUGAAGGCACUUGGUUCUGCUACUUACGCCCCAGCAAAUUCAACCCGACCUCGGGAGGGUCAUGAUGUUUCUUUACCAGUCACUCUCUCUAUGAUCAUUGCAAAUGUGAAUGACUUCGGAGGGGAUGUGUAUUCAGCAGCUGUUACUGUUAUGAGUGAAGUCAUUCACAAAAAUCCCACUUGUUAUGCUUCGUUGGAUGAAUUGGGUCUUCCCAAUGCUUUUCUAGAAUCAGUAAUAGCGGGGGUUCUUCCUUCUUCCAAAGCUCUUACAUGUGUUCCUAUUGGCAUUGCUGCUAUUUGUAUCAACCCAAAGGGGUUAGAAGCAGUUAAUAAAACCUCAGCAUUAGGGUUUCUGGUUGAUGUUUUAACUGAUAAGAAAUAUGUGAUUCCAAUAAAUGAUGGAAUUGUGCCAUUGGCAGAUGCUGUUAAGGAGCUCUUACGUCAUGUGUCCUCGUUAAUGGGUACUGGUAUGGAUGUGAUUAUCCAGAUUGUUAAUGAAGUUGCUUCAAUAGAGGAUGAUAAGCGUAAAACUGGAAAAGUUAACGAGGGUAAUGCUAUGGAUAUGGACACUGAAGGCAAAGAAAAUGUAGUCCCGUGCCUAUUUGGUUCUACGAUACCAGGGCCGGAAGGAAUAUGUGAUGAGCAGUUUAUUCAGUUAUGCAUCUUUCAUGUGAUAGUGUUACUUCACCGAACAAUGGUGAACGCUGAAACACGCAGGUUGUUUGUUGAAAAAGAGGGAAUUGAAGCUUUGUUGAAGCUUGUAUUAAGACCAAGUAUAACUCAAUCAUCCAAAGGGAUGUCUAUUGCUUUGCAUAGUACCUUAAUUUUUGAAAGCUUUACUCAAGAUCACUCUGCUCGUUUAGCACGUGCCUUUUGUUCAACUCUUAAGGAAUAUCUGAAGUCAACUUUGGAUAAUUUUGGUGUUCGGUCUGGAUUGUUUGUGCUGGACGCGAAAGCAACUCAACAUUCUGAAGUAUUUUCUUCACUUUUCCUUGUCGAGUUCCUUUUGUUUCUUGCUGCUUCAGAAGACAACAGGUCGGUCACAGCAUUACUUCAAGAAUUCGGAAAUGAUAGCAAGGGUGUUCUAGAAUCUAUUGGAAAACUUCAUCGGGAAAUAUUAUGGCAGAUUGCAAUACUUGAAGAUUUCAAGUCUGAAAAUGAGGACGAUAAUGAUGGCUCUGGUUCCAGUGAUGGGUCUCUCUACUCUGAAACUAAUACUUCAGAAUCAGAGAAGCAAAGAUUCGAUUCUUUUAGAAAGUGUCUCAAUCAGUUAUUGAGGAGACAGAUGUCGGGAUGGAGUUUUGAGUCACAGUUUUUUGAUCUGAUUACUCAUACUUCUGGUCUUCCACAUCAUCUUGGUGGCAACAGCCACCAAUCAUUGCCUUCCGGGACUUCUGAUGGUUCUAGUAGUGAUGGUCCACGGAAAGCCGAAAAACGAAGGUCAUGUUAUGCUUCUUGUUGUAAUAUGAUGAGGUCACUCUCAUUGCAUAUUACUGAGUUGUUUCAAGAGCUAGGAAGACGGGUUGAUACGAUGAUGGUUACCCCUGCUUCCAAAUCUGUGGCUUCUACAUUUGCCGCCAUCAUGUUUGACCACAUGAACUUUAAAGGUCAUGUUAAGCCUUUUGGAUCUGUGGCAUCGUGGUCACCAAAGUGUCGGUAUCUUGGUAAGGUUGUAGAUUUUAUUGAUGGAAUCUUACUAGAAAAACCCGACACCUGCAACCCCGUUUUGCUGAAGUGUUUAUAUGAUAGCGGAGUAAUUCAGUUGGUUCUGACCACUUUUGAAGCUACCCGUGAGUUGCUUUUCACAGUCAACAGGACUCCUGCAUCUCCAGUGGAGACAGAUGAAGGAACUCCAAAACCCUACUCAGAAGAAACUGUUUGGUCAUGGAUAGAUGGUCCAUUAGCCAGUUAUGGUAAACUUAUGGAUCAUCUAGUGACAUCAUCUUUUAUCUUGUCAUCAUUCACAAAGCAUUUUCUUGCACAACCGCUUGUAACCAGAGACAAUGCAUUUCCGCGUGAUGUCGAAGUAUUUGGGAAGGCACGUCAAUCUUCAAUUUUGAAAGCUGUGCUUCCUGUAUGGUCACAUCCACGGUUUGCAGAUUGUAGUGAUGAUUUCAUUACUACUGUUAUUUCUAUAGUUGGUCAUGUAUUUUCUGGGGUUGAAGUGAGGAGUUUAAGUAACACGGGACCACAUCCUGCGGGCCUUCCUUCAGACGUAACUACUAUGUCUCUUGGUAAUUCUGGAACCGAUGUAAAAGAUAAUAUUGUUACAACUGAAUGUAGUCAACCGAUUGAAGAGGAAACUGUGCAGCUACCACCUGUAGACGACUUGUUGUCUACCUGCAAGAAGCUUUUAGAAAUGAAAGAUUCUCUAGCUCUCCCAGUUGGGGGUCUUUUAUUAACCAUUUGCUCUCAAGAUGAUGGACGAUACCGAUCAAAUGUUAUAUUGUUUGUACUAGAACAACUGAAGCUUUGCAGUGCUAAUUCUGAUGGUGGAAAGAACAACAUGCUGUCAUCCCUUUUUCAUGUUCUUCCCUUGAAGCUUAACGAGGAUAAGGAUACACUAGAAGUUGCUACUAAAAUGGGUCUUGUCAAAGUUGCAGCUGAUCUUUUAUCUGACUGGAAUCCCUGUUCACAUGAAGACGGGACAGUGCUUGUUCCCAAAUGGGUGACAGCAGCUUUUCUUGCUAUUGACCGUCUUGCUCAGGUUGACCAAAAGUUGAAUGCUGAUAUUUCAGAACUGUUAAAGAAAUUUGAUGGUGGUGACCAGAAUUCAGGAAUAUCUUCCAAGCAUAUUGAUGUCGAUGAUCGGAAGAGAUUUAUUGAGAUAUCGUGCGGGUUGUUAAGAAAACUGCUUCCUGCUGAAACAAUUCGUGCUGUUCUACAAUUAUGUUCAACACUAACAAGAACUCAUUCUGUUGCUGUCAAUUUCUUAAAUGCUGGCGGUUUGCCUUUACUGCUAUCUUUGCCUACAAGUAGCCUAUCUGUCGGUAAUGUUGCAGCAACUAUUAUUCGCCAUAUACUUGAAGAUCCCCAAACUCUCCAAGAAACUUCAACUGAUGGUCAGGUCACUUCCGGUAGUAUCACGAAACUUCACGAGACAAAUACCAAGAAUGAAAAAGCUCAUCGAGAGCCGCCUCAGAGUUUUACUACUGUAAUUGAGCUACUUUUGGAGUCGGUGACUACUUUUGUGCCUGCUUCAGAAGAAAAGUCAGCCACGAGGGAGAACUCUUCAGUAAUGGAUAUGGAUAUUGAUGUUAAUUUUAGUAAAGAUAAAGGUAAAGCUAUUGCAUCAGGGUCUGACAGGAAUGAAGAAAGUGGGCAGGAGUCAUCUGCAUCUUUGGCUAAAGUUGUUUUCGUUUUGGAGCUCUUAAAGAAGAUUCUUAUGAUGUAUGGUCCAUCUGUUGAUGUUCUCCUACAAAAAGAUGCUGAACAAAGUGGAAUAUUUCACCAUGUUCUUUUUAGUUUCCUUCCUCAUUUGAGAAGUUCAAAACAUGAAAAAAAGGACGCAGACUGGAGGCACAAGUUAGCAGUUCGGGCCAGCCAGUUCUUAGUGGCUUCUUGUGUGCGUUCUACAGAGGCAAUAAAAAGAGUUUUGUUGGAAAUCAACAAUGCGUUUGUUGAUUAUUGUAGUGGCAAUCGACCUCCUGGAAGUCAUAUUCAAGCUUUUGUUUAUCUACUUGGAAGUGUACUGGCUGCACAGUUGCCUACUGAUGUUUCAAUUUCAAGAGAAGUUUCAGAUACAUUUAAAGAUGUUGGUCUUGUGACGUCGCUAACACAAACUUUUCAUAUAUUGGAUUUGGAUCAUGCUGAUUCACUAAAGAUUGUAACUGGGAUUCUGGAGGUGCUGACUACGGUCGCUAAAGAGCUUGUUCAUGCUGAACCUUCGGAUCAGGGUCAACAUGGAGAAACAGAGAAUACUGGUGAUAUAUCCGGGUCUAAUGAAAGUGUAUCUUUACCUAAUGCUAGUCCUGCACCUACUAGUGAUAUGUCAGGUGAUGAAGUCGAUGAAGAUGAAGAUGAAGAUGAAGAUGGAGAUAACAAUGGGCAUAAUGAUCUCGAAGACGAUGAUCAAGGUGACGAGGAUGAUGAUGGGGGAGUUAUAUUUAGAUUAAGCGAGGUAAUGAGUGGGAUAGAUAUGUUGGGCCAUAGAUCUAACAAUGACCAUGUGAUGCCUGUUGAAGUUUUUGGUUCCAGCCGUCAAGGUCAAACAGAUAAUGCUCGUGAAGGGUACCUUGAAAAUAAUUUGGAGCAAUUGAAAUCAUUUCUCCAAUCCUUGAGAAACGGUCGUCAUGGACAGCCUCAAUAUGUUGAUAUGCAAUUUGGCUCACGCGAUUCUGGAAGUUUACCAACAGCUGAUGAGCCCCAAAGGGUUAACGCUGCAGAUGCACCCGUUGGUCAAUCGCAAUCUGUUGAUAUGCAACUUGACCAAAAUGAUGUUGUCUCACGUGAUGUUAAAUCUGUGCCUGUGAUCCAAGAAAGUAGUGGCAGUGUGACUACAUCACGUGUUCAGGUCGAAGGUUCAUUCGACCUGAAACAAGGGGUUGACAGGGAAGCGCUUAAUAUAUCAAUAACUGCUUCAUUACUGUCUGAACAACAGGAAAAAGUUCUUGAUGUUCUCCCAUGUAGUCUAGUUAAGGAGGGGCAUAGGUGGGUAGAGUGGUUUGCCAGUCAACACAAUCCAACACUGGUUGAAUCAUCAAGAAGAGGUGAAGGAAAUGGAUCUAGCAUGGAUAGAGCUGUUGGAAUCACUGCUCGUAGGUCAGGAAGUAAGCCUGUUGAGACUAAUGGAGAUUCUUUAGUUGACAAAGAGGAUCUUAAAGCCAUGAUUCGGUUGCUUUAUGUAGAUCAGCAGCCACAAGUUACAACGCGACUCCAGGAACUGCUCUUGAAAUUAUGUGCUCAUGAUAAAACGUGUUCAUCUGUAGUACAUUUAAUGAUGGAUCUGCUGAUGCUUGAAAUGAGAAAGUCUGACAUUAGUUUGAGUGCCUCCAAUUAUAGACUUUAUGAGUUUCAGCAUGAUGUUACAUAUGCUCAUCCUCAAUCCUUUAAUGGUAAGGCUGGUCAGGAUUAUGCAGCUAUUUACAUUGCAAGCCAUAGCUUUCUAUGUAUGUUAAGUGUCCCUCCAUUGAUGUCACUGCGUGUUCUAGAGACUUUGAUAUAUCUAGCCCAGAGAAAUAGAUUAGUUGCAAAACUUUUGCUUCAGUUCAGAUUACCUCUAUUGGACUCUCAGAGUCCAAAGCAAUCUCGUGGAAAAGCCAUCAUGGGUAUUCAAGAUUGUGAAAUUGAAGAGCAACAAAAGGACCAACCAGCCAUAAGCAUGCUAUUGAGUCUCUUAAGGCAUCCACUUUAUUUGAGAAGUAUUGCCCAUCUUGAGCAGCUGCUGAACUUAUUAUGUGUGAUCCUCGAUAAUCCUGAUGAUGACUCUGACACUAUUUUACUGAAUUUGCCACUAGCAGAACUGCGCCAUCUCAGCUCAUUGCUUGCUCGUGAAAGUUUGUCAGAUAAUGUAUGUGCUCUCGUGGCAGAAGUAUUGAAGAAAUUGGUGACCAUUGCACCCUGUCACUGUCAAUUAUUCAUAAUAGAGCUAAAGUUUGCUAUGUUCAAGCUUACAGACUCAGCCAUUGAUGAAUUAUGCCGAUUCAGUGUAAUUGAAAAGGAUAUUACUACUACUGCUUCUGUUGGAGCAGCAAUAUUAAGGGUCAUGCAAGCACUGAGCUCACUUGUUACUGAAAAUGAUCAAACCGCUACUCUUGAUCUUGUUGCUGACAUAUACUCGGAAUUAGAAUUGUUGUGGACAGAAUUAAGCAAAUGCAUAGGAAAAAUUGAGAUCUAUACCAAAACGUCACAUAAUGUAACUGACUCAUCAAUGGUCUCCUCAGGACCCUCUGGUGCUAUGCCUCCACUGCCAGCUGGCACUCAGAACAUUAUAUCAUACAUAGAAUCUUUCUUUGUUGUGUGUGAGAUUUUGUACCCUCUAAAAUCAGGCGUCAAACAAAACUUCUUGGAGUUUUUAAAAAAGCAUAAGAAGUUACUUAAUGUGUUUAUACGACAAAACCCCGGAUUACUUGAUUCAUCAUUCUCAGUUAUGCUCAAGUUCCGAAGUUUUAUUGAGUUUGAUAAUAAGCGGUCGCAUUUUAAAUCUAAAAUCAAGCGUCAAGAUGAUCACCAUCGUAGUCGUCUGAAGAUCUCUGUAGCACGAACAGAUAUACUUGGAGAUUCAUGCAGUCAAUUGAUGGAGAAGUCCACACAUGAUUUGAAGGGUAGUUUGACUAUUCAUUUUAAGGGGGAAGAAGGUAUUGACGCAGGUGGCCUUACAAGGGAAUGGUAUCAGCUUUUACCGAGGGUUAUAUUUGAUAAAAGAGCUCUGCUUUUUACAACUUUUGGCAACGAUGCAGCCUUCCAGCCAAAUCCGAAUUCUGUUGAAGAGCCAGAACAUCUCGUAUACUUCAAAUUUGUUGGAAGAGUUGCUGGAAAAGCACUAUUUGAUGAUCAAUUGCUUGAUGUUCAUUUUACAAGAUCGUUCUACAAGCAUAUCCUCGGUGCUAAGGUGACAUAUCGUGAUUUCAAAUCGAUUGAUCCGGAUUACUUUAAGAACUUGAAAUUGAUGCUUGAGAAUGAUGGUUGUGACAAUCUGUUUCUAACAUUUAGUAUCGAGGCUGAUGAACAGAAGAAGAUCUUGAGAGAAAAAUCAGAGGUAACUGACUAUGAACUGAUCCCGGGAGGAAGAAAUAUGCUAGUGACAGACGAAAACAAGAAAGAAUAUGUUGAUUUAAUUGCCGAGUAUCGGCUAACGACUGCUAUACGUCCUCAAAUAGAUGCUUUCUUGGAAGGGUUUUAUGAAUUGAUUUCACGUGAUCAGAUAUCUAUCUUUAAUGUUAAGGAAUUAGAACUGUUGAUAAGUGGGCUUCCGGAUAUUGACUUGGGUGACAUGAAGGCGAAUACGGAGUACUCUGGUUAUAGUGCCGAGUCUCCUGUUAUCCAAUUGUUUUGGGAGGUUGUUCAAGACUUCAGUAAAGAAGACAAGGCCCGUUUGUUGCAAUUUGUGACUGGAAUAUCCAAGGUGCCUUUAGAAGGAUUCAGUGCUUUGGAAGGCAGCUCAGGGGUUCAAAAGUUUCAAAUUCACAAAACACAUGUAGCGUCCGACCAUUUGCCCUCAGCCCGCACAUGUUUCAAUCAGUUGAUUUUACCAGAAUAUCCGUCAAAGGAGCACCUGAAAGAGAGACUUCUGCUUGCAAUUCGUAAAGCCAACGAAGGGUUCGGUUUUGGUUAAACGAGCUGGCAUGAAGGUAAUGAGAGCACAUAAAUUUUAUCAUGUUGAGCAAGAUGAUAAUCCGUUUUCAGAUUUUAGUCGGAGUGAUACAUGUGUCGAUAUACUGCAGUUUCAGUUUGUCAAAAUUGAAUGUCUUGUCCUUUUUUUUCUAUUCCAGUUUUCUUUGUUGCAGGCUCUCUUAGAAAACAUAUUGCUUUGGCAACAGUUUACUAACUGAAUGUGCGUACUUCUUAAUGUGUA